AUGCAGCAAAACUCUACUAAGAAAUGGGAAAAAUUGAACCAGUUUCUAGUUCAUUGCUCGAGGAGUAAGUCAAUCCUUCAUAGAUUAGGGAUAGACAGAUUACUUAAUCAAAACCAGAUCGGCCAACUAGAAAUCCUCAUAAGCGAACAGAGGAGGAGGUCGUCUCCAACUGUUGAAAAGAAUAAGUCGGUUCUCAAUGCCAAGGAUAGAUUUGGCCUUCAAGAGUCUCAAUGGAGGAUUUUGCCUGCAGAAAUUUGUGGAAUUCCAGUGGUAGUGUACUUUUCGGUAAGGAGUAAUGUGCUAUCAUGGGAGAUUGUAAUUUCUGAUGUUAAGGGGAAUGAUUUGUAUGGUGAAGUUCCUUCAAGCAUCACAAAAUGCAGUGGCCUAAAGUAUUUAGAUUUCAGUUUUCACGGGCUCAGUGGAAGUACAACAGUUGGCAUUGCUGAUUUGAAGAGGCUAUUGGUUAUUGGAUUAGCAAAUAACUCAAUAGAUGGGACGAUCCCAUCACAGUUUGUGAGUAUUGAAUAG